AUGACGAAUGACUAUAGCAUAACGCACAGGCAGCUGUUUCAACGAUCACGUGACAUUAAAUCACGUGACAACGAAUCACGUGGCUAUGACCCAAGAACAGGUCUCCUGGACGCUCACCGGGAAGGUAAAAUCGCAAGUCUGAUCGGCGUGGAGGGUGGUCACUCCCUCGGCAACUCACUGGGCGUCCUAAGGACAUUUUAUGGUCUGGGAGCGCGAUAUCUAACACUCACACAUGCGUGCGACACGUCCUGGGCAGUUUGUUCUGUUGGCGAAGCCAAUGGUACGCAAGACAACGUUCCAGGUCUCAGUGAUUUUGGCAAGGCAGUCGUGAGAGAAUUGAACAGACUUGGUAUGCUGGUGGAUCUCUCUCACGUAUCAACGAGAACGAUGAGAGCUGCGCUUCAAACCACGAGGGCGCCAGUCAUUUUCUCUCACAGUGCUGCACGAGCUCUCUGCAAUUCCAGCAGAAACGUGCCUGACGACGUGCUCAGAAAUCUGGCUAAAAACGGCGGCAUCGCUAUGGUACCUUUUUAUACAUACUUCAUAACGUGCAACAGUACUGCAACAAUAAAAGACGUGAUCGCACACAUCAAUCAUAUAAGGAAAGUAGCAGGUAUCGAUCAUGUGGGUAUCGGAGCAGGUUUUGAUGGAAUAAAUUUUACACCAACUGGACUGGAAGAUGUUUCAAGAUAUCCUCAACUGUUGGCAACCCUUCUAGAAGACCCAAUGUGGACUGAAGAGGACAUAAAGAAACUAGCUGGCCUCAAUCUAUUGAGAGUUUUCUCGAGAGUCGAAGAGGUACGUGAUGAGUGGCAUAAAGCAGCAGUGCUACCUGUUGAGAAAAUAAGCCCACCAGAUAACUCAGCCUGUGCAUAUGGCGCAUCUUGA